GGCACCGCCUCCUGAAUUUAAAGGACGGGGACACCGCCCACACCGGGAUGUGGCCAAUCAGCGGCGUCCAGACCGGGUGGUAAUGAGCCAACCAGCGCAGCGCUUUCCGUGACCCCUCCCUGGCUCGGCUCGGCGGUCGAAUCAGCUGCCACUCGCCGGUCCCGCCCCGCCCCUUCAGUGCGUACCCUGAAGCACCGCCCACACUCGGGAGAUGGCCAAUCAAAGGCGUUCUGUCCGGAUUGGAGCCUGCCAGCGCUGCGCUUCCUGCCACACCCGCUGCCCCAGGGCUCCGCGGUCCAAUCAGCACGCGGUGCCCGCCCCGCCCCGCCCCCUUGUUGCUGCUGUCAGGGCCGCUGAGGAGAUGGCGGCGGCUGGGGGCGGCGGGACUGGCGGCGGGACGGGGACGGGGACGGGGACGGGGCGGCCGCCUACCGGGGACCUGCGCAGCGUGCUGAUCACCAGCGUGUUGAACCUGGAGCGGCUGGAGGUCGACCUCUUCAGGGGCCGGCACCACUGGGUGCCCGCCACGCAGCGUCUCUUCGGCGGGCAGAUCGUGGGGCAAGCCCUGGUGGCAGCCGCCCGCGCCGUUAGCCGCGACGAGCAGGUCCACUCGCUGCACUGCUAUUUCGUGCGGACAGGGGACCCCAAGGUGCCAGUGUUGUACGAGGUGGAGCGCACUCGUACAGGGAAGAGCUUCUCUGUCCGUUCCGUGAAGGCCAUCCAGCAUGGAAAGCCGAUCUUCACCUGCCAGGCCUCCUUCCAGCUCUCCCAGGGGAGCCCUGUGCAGCACCAGUUCACCAUGCCAGCUGUGCCACCCCCGGAGGAGCUGCUGACGCAAGAGGAGCUCAUCCAGAAGUUCCUGCAGAAUCCAAACUUGGCAGAGAGGUACCGAAAGCAUCUCAACAAGAUUCAAGCUGAAGACGUGCCAAUUGAUAUCAAGCCUGUGAACCCACCAGAUAUAUUUGGCUCUGAGCCGCAGGAGCCAAAGCAGCUCUUCUGGGUCCGAGCACGAGGCUACAUAGGAGAGACUGACAUGAAGGUGCACUGCUGCGUGGCCGCUUACAUCUCCGACUACGCCUUCCUGGGCACAGCCCUGCUCCCGCACCGGCAGUACCACAUCAAGUUCAUGGUGUCCCUUGACCACUCUAUGUGGUUCCACACGCCCUUCCGAGCGGACCACUGGAUGCUGUACGAGUGUGAGAGCCCCUGGGCUGGUGGGUGCCGGGGACUGGUGCAGGGACGGCUGUGGCGCAGGGAUGGGGUCCUGGCUGUCACCUGUGCACAGGAAGGAGUCAUCCGAGUGGACCAAACGCCAAACCAGAGCAAGCUGUAGCUUGUGGCUUGUGUUCCUGUGGGCUGGAAAACACCGAGGAGGGAUCCCAGGACCAAAAGCAGAUGAAAGGCAGGAAGACGCCUUGAAAGAGACAAGGGUGGAUCCAGCGCCAUGGGGAUGGGGACACACAGGGGCAGCUGCUGUGACUGACUGCCAGCUGUACAGCACAUCGCCACACACUGCAAUCAGACACCUUUCACCUGCCUUCAAUAAAGCCAUGGAGUGAA